AAAGCCAGAAAGAAAGCCUAUUAAGGCUUCUCUCCCCCCUCUAAACCCCCAUUUCUACUCUUCAGCCGUCUCUCUCUCCCUCUCUCUCUCUCUGUCUUCCGUUAACUGAGUUUCUCUGCUCUGCAACAACUCCUUUGCUAUGGCUUUGCCAAACCAACAAACUGUUGACUAUCCAAGCUUCAAGCUCGUUAUCGUCGGCGAUGGUGGCACAGGGAAAACGACCUUUGUGAAGAGACAUCUUACCGGGGAGUUUGAGAAGAAAUAUGAACCAACUAUCGGUGUUGAAGUUCACCCGUUGGACUUCUUCACAAAUUGUGGGAAAAUCCGGUUCUACUGCUGGGACACUGCUGGACAAGAGAAGUUUGGUGGUCUGCGAGAUGGUUACUACAUUCAUGGGCAGUGUGCGAUUAUCAUGUUUGAUGUCACAGCUCGUUUGACAUAUAAGAAUGUUCCCACAUGGCACCGAGAUCUCUGCCGGGUUUGUGAGAACAUUCCUAUAGUUCUCUGUGGAAACAAGGUCGAUGUGAAGAAUAGGCAGGUUAAGGCCAAGCAGGUAACCUUCCACAGGAAGAAGAAUUUGCAAUACUAUGAAAUAUCUGCAAAGAGCAACUACAACUUUGAGAAGCCUUUCCUGUACCUUGCCAGGAAACUUGCUGGGGAUCCUAAUCUUCACUUUGUGGAGAGUCCUGCUCUUGCUCCACCAGAAGUACACAUUGACUUGGCUGCUCAACAACUUCAUGAAGCGGAGCUUGCCCAAGCUGCUGCUCAGCCUCUUCCUGACGAUGACGAUGACACAUUCGAGUGAAGAAGGGGGGCUCCUAUUGCUGGAGAUGCUUGCUUGUAUUCAAGCUUUUGUUCUUUUUUCAUGUCAACCCUUUGCUUUUCCUUAUGAGCUGUGUUAGAUAAUUCAAAAUAUGUUUUGGCAUUGAUUUCAACCAAAAAAUAUAUUUUGGGAUGAUUUCAUAAUUGCAAGAAUAGAUCUUUAUGUAAUCUGUAGGACCGUUUUAGUAAAGAUUCUCAUUUGGCUAUAUUAUUAUGGCUAUUGUUGGAGUCUGGUUGUGCUAUUCUUGUUUCUGAGUUUCUCACUGUAAAAGCACUAUUAUUCGGGAUUAUCAGGGUUUUUGUGCUGUUUGCGGCGGCGAAUUUCUGCUGGCUUUAAGAGAACACCGCGCAUAUAUUUUUCCGA